AGUAUUUGAAUCGAUCUAAAUUGCAUAGAUCAUAUGCAAUCUGCUGUUAUCUCCCUGGUGGUUUGUGAACUUCAGAUAAAUAUCUGUACUUUCCAGUGAACUACAGUCUCCUCACCUAUAUGCCAUUUUCAGCUCUUUGGUACAGAGAUUUCACCACAUAUACAGCGAAUGCCUCAUCUCAAAUGGGAUCAUCUCCAACUGCAAAACUGCAGAAGGUAUUCAGUGUGGGAUGUUAGAAGGAAUGUGCCAGCACUCUCAGUUAAGAGCUUUCAGGCUGCUGGGAAUAAGAUCCUUCCUCUAGAAAAGCUGUGACUUCUGUACCCUGGGUUCGCCUGCCCUCUGGAAGGACAUGCUCUGCCUGGUAAUUUCCACUUCUGGCUCCAGUGUGCUCUGACCAUCCAAGAAACUCAGCUGCUUUCCAUAAUCUCCACCCAAAAGAUUUCUAUCAUCUGCUUCUUGUUUGGAUUGAAAAAUCUAUCUUAUGUAAGAGAUCAGAACUGGUAAAAGAGAAUUAGUGGCAAAUGAAACUCCCUUCCCUACCCAGCGUAUUUUGUAAUUGAUUCUCUUGACAGAUGCAGCCAACGCCCUCACGCUAACAAUGUGCUCUCUCAUACCAGCUGCCAUCAUCUGGUGAGAGGUGCAAGGCUGUCCCACACCUACGGUAGGCAGAAGGCAACCAUGCAAUGACAGGAUUGUGACUGAGUGGUGGCUUGCACUGGGCAGCAGUUCAUGGGGAGAGCGAGCAGAAGCAAGCUGCCAAAAUGCUCGCGGUCUGUGGCGUCUGCAGGUCUGCAGGCAGCAAAACAGAAAUCUGUUUUGUAGGGAGCCUGUUGCUUGGCCAAGUGUGGGAGAUGGCAGGGAGAGCCUGUGGGAGAAACUGGGUCCAUAUUUGCACACUGUAAAACAACCGCCAGUGCUGGGCAGAGAUGACAGCCUUUGGAAAUGCUCCGAUGGUGUCAGAGCGCUGACUGCACUGAGCACGCCCUGCUGCAGACACAAGCAGGGCUGCAGCCACAGCUCCAGGCAGCCUUGAAAACCUCGCAGCCAGAAUGAGCCCACGCAGUCCCUGCCCAGGAUUCUCCUCCCCGUGUGUGGGAAGCGGCACUUGUACAAAAAGCUCCAGCCCGAAUACAAACACUGCGAAGCGACCUGGGGCUACGGGGCAGAUGACUGCGCUCACCGCGUGCCGACAGAGCUCCCGCUGCUGGCAGAGGUGUCUCUCCUGGCCCGGCCUCGCCCCGCAGCCCCUGCAGCACGGCAGCCCCCCGCACAUCCCCGCGGUGCCCUCGGCUCGCGGCCUCGCUUCCACAGCAACAGCCACCAUCCGCUUCUCGCCGUCCACCCGCAGCCUGUUCGAUGAGCCGCUGGGCAUCGCCGUGCAGGGCCUCGGCCCGCGGCAGCAGGUCACCCUGCGGGCGUCCUUGCGGGACGAGGCGGGCGAACUCUUCGAGGCCCACGCCCGCUACCAGGCGGCGGACGACGGGGAGCUGGACCUGGCCCGCUGCCCCGCGCUGCCGGGCGGCAGCUUCAGCGGCCUGGAGCCCACGGGGCUGCUGUGGGCGCUGCAGCCCCGCAAGGCUUUCUGGCGCCUGGUGAAGAAGGACGUGACCACCCCGUUCCGCCUGCAGCUGGACGUGCUGGACGGACACGGGGACGGCCCCGGGCGGCUGCUGGCCCAGGCUCAGCACGAGCGGGCGUUCCUGCGGGACGGGGUGCGCAGGGUGCCGGUGCGAGACGGGAGGAUCCGGGCCACGCUCUUCCUGCCCCCCGGACAAGGCCCCUUUCCAGGAGUCAUCAACAUGGAGGGACUUGGAGGAGGCCUUUGUGAGCACAAAGCCAGCCUGCUGGCCAAUCAUGGCUUUGCCACACUAGCCCUGGCUUAUUACCACUUUGAGGAUCUGGUUCAGAAGCCGACCAAACUCCAUCUGGAAUAUUUUGAAGAGGCAGUGAACUACAUGCUGCAGCACACACAGGUAAAGGGACCAGGGAUUGGUCUGCUUGGUUUCUCCAAAGGAGGUGAUUUGUCUCUCGCCAUGGCUGCCUUCCUGAAGAAUAUCACAGCAGUAGCUACCAUUAAUAGCCCUGUGGGCAAUUCAGCUUUUCCUCUGUGCUACAAAGAUAAAAUGAUUCCCCCCUUGAUUUGUGAGGAAAAAUAUGCCAAGGUUUAUAAUAACAAUAUCAUUGAUUAUUCUGAUGCCAUGUGUGACCCCUUUAAAGCCCCUGGCAACCAAAGCCUGAUCCCAAUAGAGAAAGCUGAGGCACAUUUACUAUUCAUUGCGGGACAAGAUGACCAUAUUGUCAAAAGUAAGUAUCAUGCCACUGAAACCUACAAAUAUUUGCAGGCUCAAGGGAAGCAAAAUGUUCAGACCCUCAUUUGUCCUGGAGCAGGGCACUGCAUUGACCCUCCCUUUUCCCCUUUUUACCCAAUAGGAAACCAUCCAGUUUUUCGCAAACGAGCUGUCCUGGGUGGAGAGCUCACAGCUUAUUCUAAAGCACAGGUUCGUGCUUGGCUACAGAUACAGGCUUUUUUCCACAAACAUUUAAAUGACAAGUGAUGCGAGUAGAAGGAACGCACAGCUAUGAACAAACAUCUGAUGAAUUAUUUUACAUUUAUCAGGUCAGCUCCCUCUCCCAGCUGUACCAAUACAGCUACAAUGUCUUCAGUGACUUUGCACAACCAUAACUCAGAAAAGAAUUGGUUUUCAUGUUCUGUUUUACAUUUUUGGAUAGGAAAAAUACCCCAUUGUUUUUCUCAUCUGCUUUCUAUUUUUAUAUUUGGCUGUGCUUUUCACAUUACUGUGGCCUCCACACGCAUACUCUAUGCACAACUCAUACUUCAAAACAAGACCUUUCAAAUACUAAUUUUGGUGCGUGGAUUUCACUACUGUUAUGGUAAAUAUCAUAAAUGAAAAUGUUUCUGAUGCUGGAA